AUGUUGACUUUAUGCAACACACGGCGAAAACGCGACCGCUUGUCAUGUAUAGAGGUUGCGUUUCUCGUCUUAUGCAGGUUCCCACGUUCAAACCCUCAGCUGUAUCAGCGGUGGGUCGUGAACCUAAAGAGGGACAAAUGGACACCAUCUCCUGGCAGCAGACUCUGUAGUGACCACUUCGAGGAGGGUUGCUUUGAUCGAACGGGCGCAAGGAUACGUCUUCUACGUGACGCAGUUCCCACGCUGUUUUCUUUCCCAAAACAUCUGCAGAAGAAAACGGCUGGGAGGAAACCACCAAAAGAAAGAACCCCAGCUGAGGACACGACACCAGAGAAUGAGCCGACAACUAGCACUCGUACAUCAACUGAGGACAACUUAGCUAAUCUCCCUGAUCACAACUACGCCGUAUUCGAGUCUCCUAAGACAUUAAAGAGGAAAAUGGAUCUCUGUGUGGACUCAGUAGUUGGUGUCAACAAAAAGCUGAAGGUGAGCCUUGAACGAGAGCGCCGACUGAGAAAAAAGGUGUGCACAUUCACUGAGAUAAUUAGUGAUCUCAAAGAGAAGAACCUUGUUUCAGAAGAUGCCUCUGCAAUGCUUGAAAGAUGUUUUUCAGGCGCGCCUCUAGAGAUCAUGCAACGCCUUUUGAAACAUGCACCAGCAGAAGGAGAUAAGUCUGUCAAGUACAGCCGAGAAAAAUACCCCCUAUGUUGCGCAUGUUUGCACUUACGCUGCAAUUUUACUCAACAAAAGCCUACAACUAUGUGAGAGAAACUUUUGAUUGUGCGCUGCCGCAUCCAUCAACAAUUACCAAGUGGUAUAGUUCUGUAAAUGGUGAAGCUGGUUUCACUGGUGAAGCUCUAAAUGCUAUCAAAUCAAAAGCCAAUGAGGCCGAGAACAAGAACAAAGAACUUCUAUGCAAUCUUGUGGUCGACGAAAUGGCCAUCAGGAAGCAUCUUGAAUGGGACGGAAAGAAGUUCAGAGGCUACGUUGAUAUUGGAAAUGAGGUAGAUGAUGACAGCAAUGCAGUUGCAUCUGAAGCACUAGUUUUCAUGCUUGUAUCUCUGGAUUCUCACUGGAAGAUACCCUGCGG